ACUUCAUUCCCCUCCAUGCAAACUCCGCUGCUGUGGACGGGAGAUGUUUCGUUGUUUUCUCGCUCGUGUAUGAUAUCUGGAGUUUUGGUGCGACUUUUUGCCGGAGUUUUCUCGUCGGCGCAACAACUGACCUGGUGAAAGGUGUUUUUUUGGUGGUGGAGAGUCCUAUGCAGGAAGCUGAAGACAGUGACUUUUUUUUGGUUUUUUCCCCAGAUAGCACUGGUCACCCGGUAUCAUUUUGGCAUCAACAACAGGAACGUCGCAGCUCCAUCUCAAUCUCGAGCAGCCGAGAUGACGACCACUUCAGGCAGUACCAUGAUGUCUAUGGAGAGCCAGCUGAAUUGCUCGCUUGACGACCUCGUCAAGAUGCAGCGCCAAGCGGCAGCGAAGGGCCGCAGCUCUCAGCGGAAGAACUCUUUUCGUCGAGGGAACGGACCAAAGCCGUCAGCGCGUGGUCGUGCAAUCAACAAACGGGGAGAAGCCUUGACUGGUUCUCGCGGCAGCGGCCUGGGAACGAACAACGCCCGGGGCAAAGACCGGCGGGGUCGCGGUGGACGGACUGGCUUCAGCGGUCCGCCUCGGAACCGCCCGACGCCGAACGCUGUUGGCACUUCCGGCAAGAAGAAGCAGAAUGCGCAUAUGCCCGCAACUCCUAAAGCAUCUCUUGCGCAGCGUCUUGCGCAGCCACUGGAGAACUCCGUUGCCAGCAGAAAACCGGUGAAAUCCGGUUCUAAGAAGCCUGGAACACCGACCCCGAGACGGGUCGCAACUCCCGUGUCUGCGCAGCGCAAGCUUGUGCGACCGGGAAUGCGGUACCGUGGUGUCGCGGCCAGGAAGUCACGCCUGCCUACCGGUCUGCCGCGUACUCGGGACGGCGUACUCAUCGGCCACCCUGCCGUGCGGCUUGCUGCCCGUCCUGGCGUUGCAGCUCGGUUGCAGGGACGAGGGACUGCCAGCGCCCCUCGUGGUCGCAAGGCAGUGGCUGUUCGGAAAGCUGGCGGAAUCAGCAAGGUUGCGAACGCUGUGCGGAGAGCGACCACGGCCGCUGCGAGGGUGAAGGCUGGUCGUCUUGGCGCGGCAAGGCUUCCGAACACUUCCUUCAACAGAAGAGCACAUGGUACAGCAGCGAGUGGAUUUGCUGCACCAGGGCCACGACCGACGAAGGCUGGAACUGCGGCAGCCGCAAGGAGGCGCGCCCCGGUCGCACAGGGAAGCAGAGUGCCCGUGGUUCGCGCUUCUGUCCCGCAGCCAGUGCAGCGGAGUGUGCCCUCUGCCAGUGAUUUGGAACUAAUGUCGAAGAUCAAGAUCAUGGCGACCCUCGACAAGGUGCCGCCUCCGAUGGCAGCUCAACGGGGUAUGACAGUCACACCUCCGCAAGCGAUGGUGGACGAACAUGGGUACGCGAACAACGGGAGCAAAAACGCGCAGGCGGCGCAUCUGCCGUACAACGGAUACGGAGGGGGCAGCUUGAGUGAUAGAUUCAGCAAGUACGGACCAAGGUAGAGAGUGAGGGCACCGUUCUACAGGUCACAGCGGUGUGCGUGGGGCGCAUCUGUUCGAGCAGCCCGACAUCUGUUGGUUUUGACGCGACGCCGAAGAAAUCACUCGGAGGUUCUUAACCUGGGACAGAGCCCGGAAUCUCUCUUGCUCACGCAGUUCCGGGGAACACGCGUACAGUACCUGAGGUGGAGUUUGCUUGUCUUACGCGGUGGGGGAGUCCCUCUGGAGCUUCUCUGCUCCACGUAUGGCUUGGGUUUCUGAAUGACCUCGACAUCUUUUUAUGCUUGGCGUAUUUUCGAGUUCUUUUCCCGAGAACCCUACGGAUGGGAAGAUCUGAUAGUAGCCUACAAGGGACGCACCCGUGUGGAGGCGCUUUCGAACGCUUCCGGGGAAUAUCGAUGGCGCGGCGUCGUCUAACCGUACAAGGGAGACGUGAGCAGUACGUGGUACUGCCGACGGCUGUAGAGGUAGAUCAUAAAAGCUGUUAAUUCCUUCUUCAUGAAGCAAAUCGGUGUGAUGAUCCCGAAAUCCGCUAACAUUCAAAUCAAAUUUUGGGAUAUUGACGAAAUACUAUGCGCUCUUGCGUGUGAGGAUCCAACAGCAUGACACGAAGGAACGAACCGUUCCGCCAGUGACGCUAACGAACUCUGGAGUUUCAUAUACUGGGCAGGUAGCUCAUGUAAAUUAUAUAAUUAACAUAAUUGACCCUCGUAAAUGGAAGGUAAUCUUUUGUUCCUUC